AUGGCGGCUUCAGAAUGGGACGAAAUCGCCCGUGUGGGAGUGCCGCCGAGCACUAUCAACAAUAUCCACAAUAUCCCUUCGCCUGCAACAGCUGUGAUAUUCGAUGACAGUCAGGAGCUGAUCUGGCUCGGCACCAACGAUGGCCGGGUCGUGUCGUAUCAUGGACCUGAAGUACGAAAAUACACAUCCGUUCGCGCCCAUAUCGACGAAGGCAAAGUCCACCAGCUCUUACCCCAUGAAAGAGGCAUCCUUUCGAUUUCGACAACCAGUGUCCAUCUAAUCAAUCGGCGUGGUCCUGCGCUAUGGCAUAUCAGCCACCCGCAGAUGAUCAAUUUGCGCUGCAUGUGCAUCACCAACAAUCCCAAUCACUUGCUCGUGGCCGGCACUCAAUCACUCUUCUUCAUCAUCGAUAUUGAGAAGGGCUCUAUCGUCUCCCAGCAUCCGUCUAGGGCGAAAUAUACUAUGCUCAAGAAAGGCCGCCAAAUCUGCGCUGCCUCUGACAACGGCGAAGUUGACGUUCUAAGCGUCAGCGACUUUUCCGUUUUAGCUACCUGGAAAGCACACAAUAGUGCUGUCAACGAUAUGGACACCAAAGGCGACUACCUAGUUACCUGUGGCUUCUCCGUUCGCCAUCUUGGGGCUCCAGUGGUUGAUCCUCUGGCCAAAGUCUACGAUCUCAAGACGCUAAUAUCUCUGCCUCCGAUCCCGUUUCAGGCUGGUGCAGCUUACGUUCGUUUGCAUCCAAAGCUACAAACGACAAGCUUUGUCACCUCGCAAACCGGCCAGAUGCAGGUCUUGGACCUUAUGAAUCCGUUGAACAUUACACUCAAACAAGCCAGCGUACAAUUCAUCCUUGGUCUAGAAAUCUCCUCCUCUGGCGACGCGCUGUUGUUCAAUGACUCGAGUGGCUUCAUCUACUUGUGGGGGCCGCCCACCACAUUUCGUUUCAACAACAUGAGUAGAGAAACUCGUUUUGCAGAUCCUAGCCCUCCGCAACCUCCACGUGUCGACUGGAGUGACAGCCCGCUCAGCGCUGUUGGCCUGUCGUAUUACUCAGAACGGCUUCUCAGCGCAUGGCCAAGUCACAUGCUCUCCGAACUUGGAUCGCCUCCGACCCCAGUCGACCCGGCACUGUUACCGUAUCUCCAACCUGCGGAGCUUGGCCAUUUUGCCCCAAAUAUUAAUCGCAAAGGCCGAAGGUACCAAACGGAGAAUACCAGGCUUGGUACUGCGCCUACCAUUAUAGCUGCACCCAAGUUUCUUAGCGAGAAAAGUCGACAAGCGGCUAGCGAAGGAGAUAUAGCUGCGGCCAGCACAAUGGACGCGCUGAACGGCCUAGCGCUCAAUGGGCGUGUUCAGACCGAAGAAGACCGAAUGUUGAAAUACAACAAAGUUGAGAUCAAGUAUAGUCGCUUUGGUGUCGACGAUUUCGACUUCUCAUUCUUCAACAAGACUCAGUACUCUGGCUUAGAGACGCACAUUGCAAACUCUUACAUUAACUCGCUGCUCCAGUUGUACAAGUUCGUUCCAUUGCUGAGGAAUGUCGCGAUACAGCAUGCGGCUACAGCAUGUGUGUGGCCAAACUGCCUGCUGUGCGAAUUCGGCUUUCUCUUUGAUAUGCUGGAGAAGGCUUCUGGCCAGAAUUGUCAAGCCACCAAUCUGCUACGUGCGUUCGGUGCCUCAAGAGGGGCAGCCAGUAUGAAUCUCUUCGAAUCAUCGGCAACAGCUGCAAGCCUUCCCUUGUCGAACCUGAUUCAGUCGGUCAAUCGCUUCUUCCUGAAACAGAUGGCGGAUGACUAUGAAAAAAUCGCUGGCAGCAAAGAUGGAAUCGACGAAAUUUUGUCAACUACCUCGUUUGAGGUUAUUAGAUGUAUGUUCUGCAACGGUGAGACAACAAAACAGUCGACCACGUACUUGCAUGACCUGGCGUACAUGCCAACAGAUGUCAAGCACCAUCGACCCCACAUGUUCAGAUUUGCACAAGUGCUGAAGAACAGCAUCGAGCGCGAGACUAAGAGUCGUGCUUGGUGUAACAGAUGCCGGCGCUAUCAGCAACUCGCUAUUCGCAAAACCAUUCGCCAGCUGCCAUAUGUGCUGAUCCUCAAUACCAUGAUCCUCAACCCUGCUGCCCGUCAACUGUGGGAGACAGCGGGGUGGCUGCCUCAAGAAAUUGGAUUGCAGAUAGGUGACCGUAUCCAGUGCUAUGAGGGCUCCGACCUUCAGCUACACAUCAGGAAUAAAACUCCAGGCCUGAUGGUGUACGAGCUAGUCGGAUAUGUUGCCGACGUUGACACGGAUGACCGCCGACAGCCUCAUCUCGUUAGCAUCAUCAAUACUGAGGUAUCGGCCAAGAAGGACGGCGUCAAUCUCGCGCAGAAAGCGCCCCAAAAUUGGCACUUGUUCAACGACUUUCUGGUCGACAAAGUUGAAGCACGAGAAGCUUUGCAUUUCAAUAAGACAUGGAAGAUGCCAAGUGUGGUUUGCUACCAAGUAAAGAGUGCCCACGGCAAGAUCGACGAGACCUGGCGCUCUAUGAUGGACACUUCCCUCCUCUACCACCCGUACAGCAUCAAUCGGGUUCAACAGUCACCAAAGUGCCACAUCCUCCAGUCAGAUGAAACGCCACAAGCAGGCACUCACAUCGCUCUGGACACGGAAUUCGUCGAGCUCGAGAAAGCUGAGAUCAACGUCAAAGCGGAUGGUAGUCACGAAACUAUCAGACCUGCCCGGAACGGCUUGGCUCGCGUCAGUGUGCUCCGUGGGAGUGGCGAGGUUGAGGGGCUGACGUUUAUUGACGACUACAUAACUAUUAGCGAGCCGAUUGUUGAUUACAAGACGCAAUAUUCUGGCAUCAAGCCCGGUGACUUGGACAUCUCGAAUUCGACCCACAAUCUGGUACCACUAAAGGUUGCGUACAAGAAGCUAUGGGUUCUACUGAACCUGGGCUGCAUCUUCGUCGGCCACGGUCUGACGUCGGACUUUCGAAAGGCCAACAUUCAUGUACCAAAGCCACAGCAAGUCGACACUCAAUGGCUGUAUCUCGUUCCUGGCAAAAACCGACGCCUCUCACUGCGUUAUCUGGCCUGGGCGGUUUUCGGGGAAUACAUCCAGGAAGAAACCUUUGAUGAGACACAGAGCGAGGGGCACGACAGCAUUGAAGACGCGCAUAUGGCGCUAAGACUUUGGCGUAAGUUCCAGGAGUCCGAGAUCAAAGGCGAGGCCGAGCAGAUGAUCGAGGAAAUUUAUCGGAAAGGCUCGCGCUUUGGCUGGAAGCCGCCUCUCAGAAGUGGUGAGAGAAACUUGGCAGCAGAUGGUGGCGUGAACAGUACGUUUGCCAGCGGGAGGAAUACGCCGGAGAUUGGCGGUAGCGCAAUGCCUGGUACCCCAGGAACAGGACCCCGGGUGCAGAAUGGGAUGCUAUCUCCUUACAGAGGUGGGACGGUUGGCAUCGAGAAUGGAGUGGGAACAAAGAUUGGGGAAAGCCCAUUGCGGUGA